GGUGGUAAAAUAUGACAAAAACACAUUGAAGAAGCUCUGCUUUGGCCCGUGCAAUCUCAUCGACGGAAAACACACGAGGCUUGUUGUAGUAAUCCAUAGCGCGAGCACUACGUUCCCUACGUACGUACGUUUUGUACUUGCAUGACUGAAAUGAUAUUGGCCCAGAGUCACACUUGAAUUCAGAGACGAACGAGCACGUAAAAUUCGUCGUCUUCAGUUGGAAAUUGGACGUCGAAGUGAAUGCCAGCGGAUAGUCAUGAACUAAGUGUGAGACUUUUUCUUUUGUGUGGUGUGCGAAAUUGUUGAUCGCUUAUUCGGACCAGAAAAGAUGGGAAAUUCAUGUCGGAAAGAGAAACUGUGAAAACCAAAGAGAUCUCUUCAGAUUGUUUAAUAGCAUCCCUGGACAACAGACAGCGAAACAAACGCACUCAAAGUGGUCAAAGUGAUCGGAAUCAGACACUAUGAAACGAUCCGUGUCUCAAAUGGGAUGGUUGAGGCACGUGCUCACCAUUUUGGCCGUAACCAUAUUUAUCUUGGGAUGUACCAUCAUUGGAUACAUGGCUUGGGUGUUGGCCUCCUCAGUCACAGUCAGUCGAUUUCUCGAAGGAACACUGAUAUUCACCUAUGUUGUCAUAGGCUUCGGCUUCACAUUGUUCUUCUCCGGUCUAAUCGGCUGGGUUGGCGGCACCUCGGAGAGCACGUGUCUCGUUCGAUUAUUUCUCAUGGCCGUGGUGGUCACUAUUCUAGCCGAAGUGGGAGGAAUCAUUGCCCUAAGUGUCAUAAGGAUUCGAUUCGGGGAUAUCGUCCAAUCCGGUUGGGAUGAGCUCAAUCAAGGCACCCGCAACAUAGUCCAAUCAAAACUCAACUGUUGUGGUUGGGAAGGUCCUAAGGACUUUGCCUACAACAACGAACCCAUCCACGAAUCGUGUUAUGAGAGGGUUCAAGUGGGGAAUAGUGGGAUUUGGAAUCGAAGGUCGGAGGAAGAAGCGGCUCCAGUAAAGAAAAUGAAGCAGGACGGUUGUGGCGAGAAGUUGCACGGAUGGUUCGUGGAAAAUAAAAUCACCUGGGUCACUUUCUUGGCUUCGAUUGUGGCUUUACAAAUCAUGUGCUGCGGCAUCGCCAUGUAUAUCUUGUCCAGAGUGAAGAAAAUGAACAAAUUAAGGAAAUCUCGGACGAUCUCGAAGCGACGUCUCUACGAUUCCGGAUCGGAAGGAAGCAACGACUAUCGCCAACGUAUCUAGAGGGGAGCCUUUACAAAUAUGAAUCCUCCUACAAAAAUCCAGAGGACGAAGAAGAUGUGUUGUAUGAAACGUGCAAUUGCCCCCAAAUUGGAACCAGUCAGACCAGAAAGAUACAACUCAACCAAAUCUUCUAUAACCAAGUUCUUGCCCCGUCCGCAAAAAAGGACGAGCUUUAAAUGAAUAAUGCAUACUUACAAAUGACUGAACAUACCUUGUAAAUAGACCAACUUUAAAUGAAA